AUGUCGAGCAUCUCCAGAACAGUGAACCUCCUCCUGCGGAGCAGCAGGUCUUCCCUGCUUCGCCCGCGUUCUGUCAAUCCUGUGCACCAUGUCUUCAGCAGCGAGAGGAUGGCUGCCCGUGGCUUCGCGACGGUGUUUGAGCGGACGAAGCCUCACGUCAACGUCGGCACAAUUGGUCACGUCGACCACGGAAAGACCACGUUGUCUGCUGCGAUUACGAAGCGCCAAUCCGAAAAGGGUCUUGCCCAAUUCCUCGAGUAUGGUGCUAUUGACAAGGCUCCCGAGGAACGGAAGCGUGGUAUUACCAUCUCGACCGCCCACAUCGAGUACUCGACCGAGAAACGGCACUAUGCCCACGUUGACUGCCCCGGUCACGCCGAUUACAUCAAGAACAUGAUUACUGGUGCUGCUAGCAUGGAUGGUGCCAUUGUCGUCGUUGCUGCCUCUGACGGUCAGAUGCCCCAGACACGUGAGCACCUGCUGCUUGCUCGUCAGGUUGGAGUGCAGAGGAUCGUCGUCUUCGUCAACAAGGUUGAUGCCGUCGCGGACAAGGAGAUGUUGGAAUUGGUCGAGCUGGAGAUGCGCGAACUACUCAACAGCUAUGGAUUCGAGGGUGAGAACACUCCGAUUAUCUUUGGUUCUGCCCUCUGCGCCCUGGAAGGCCGUGAACCCGAGAUUGGUGAGAAGAAGAUCGAUGAGCUCCUCGAUGCUGUGGACAACUGGAUUCCUACUCCCGAGAGAGAUCUCGAGAAGCCCUUCCUGAUGCCCAUUGAGGAGGUGUUCUCGAUCUCUGGACGUGGUACUGUUGCCUCUGGUCGCGUUGAGCGGGGUGUUUUGAAGAAGGACUCGGAGGUUGAAAUCGUCGGUGCUCAGAAGGAACCCAUCAAGACCAAGGUGACGGACAUUGAGACCUUCCACAAGUCGUGCGACGAGUCCCGUGCGGGUGACAACUCGGGCCUUCUUCUGCGCGGUAUCAAGCGUGAGGAUAUCCGCCGUGGCAUGGUUGUUACUGCGCCCGGUGGUGCUAAGGCUCACGACAAAUUCCUGGUCUCUAUGUACGUUCUCACCGAGGCUGAGGGUGGUCGCCGAACCCCAUUCGGCGCCCACUACCGUCCCCAGGUGUUCAUCCGCACUGCAGAUGAGGCUACCGAUCUGACCUUCCCGGAAGGUGAAGACCCUGACCGUCGGGUUUUCCCUGGUGACAACGUCGAAAUGGUUAUGAAGACCCACCGCCCGAUCGUUGCCGACGUUGGCCAGCGCUUCAACAUCCGUGAGGGUGGUCGCACCGUGGCCACUGGUCUGGUCACUCGUGUGCUUGAGUAA